UACAAUCUGUCAUAUCGAUUCUGAAGUUCUGUAGCUCAUCCCUAAAACGACGUGCUACUCUAUGGUGCUACUGAUUGCAGUGCAGCCUAAAAUCAGAUUUUUCCUUGAAAUGGCAUCGAAAUCGAAAACUUUCGUAACCCCUCUUAUUCGUCAUGUUACGACCAGGGGUUACGCUCAGGCUGCGCCUGGUGUCAAGAGAGAGCCCAAGGUCUCUUGUGCGGUCCUGCCGAACAAAACUUUUGUAGCCGCAUUGGACAAUGGGUCCCCAGUCACUCGCGUUACCGUAGCCUUCAAGGCUGGGACUCGAUAUGAGCCUCAAACCGAGCUGGGUAUUGCCCAUGUUCUCCGGUCUGCUGCCGGGCUCAGCACCAGGAAUGCCAACAGCUUCAUAAUGGCACGUAAACUGGCACAGAUUGGAGCAUCUGUUACUGCCUCUGGUGACAGGGAGUUUGUUUACUACACUCUUGAGACCACCCAAGACAAUGUUGAUGAGGCAGUGGAAAUCCUCACCAACAUGGUCUGCUGCCAGGAGUUCAGACCUUGGGAGCUCUCGGACAAUAACGCCCGCCUCAAGUUUGACAUUGCUGCUCUUCCACCUCAGAUCCGUGCUGUGGACUUGCUGCACAAGGCUGCCUACCGCAGAGGUCUGGGCAACUCGCUUUUCAUCUCUCCCAAGAGGAUUGGCAAGAUUUCAUCUGAGUCUUUGCAGCACUACUCAUGCAACUUACUGGCUGCUCCCCGUUGCGCUGUUGCCGUAGUUGGAGACUCUCAGGAGAGAGCCAACAUGAUUGCCCAGAACCUCAAUCUGACUGCUGGUGACACCCAAACGGGAGAGGCCUCCAAAUUCCAUGGUGGGGAGCUGAGGAAGGAAAUGGGAGGUGAUUUGGCGCACGUCGCGCUGGCUGUGCCCGGAGCACCCGCUGGCUCUACGCAAGCACUGGCCCUGGCUGUUGCUGCUAAAGCUCUUGGCAAUGGUCCAGUCACCAAGUGGGGUACGGACAACUCACCCUUGGCCAAGGCCAUUGGCAAUGUUGGUCCAUUCGCUGCGGCUGGAUUCAGCGUGUCCUACUCUGAUAGCGGUCUCUUUGGUGUUGUCCUGUCUGUGCCAAAGGAUGAAGCCAGUGCUGCUGUGAAGGCAGUUGGUGGUCUUUUGAAGAAGCCAACACUGAAUGACGCAGCCAUUAAAGCUGGCAAGAACCAACUGAAACUGGAGAUCCUGAAUGAAGCUGAUGCUGGCACUUCUCUUGCUGAGUGUCUUGCAGCACAGGGUCUGUACACAGGCUCCAUCAAGACUCCUGCUGACCUUGCCAAGGAAGUUGAUGCAGUUUCGCCAAGUGAUGUGUCUAAGGUUUUGUCAGCUGCUGCCGGAAACAAAGUCGCCAUGGGUGCUGCGGGAAAUCUAGCAUUUGUACCUUACGUAGAUGAAUUAUAAAUCAAACCUUGUAAUAGUUGUUAAAAUCACUUAUUUUAUAGUAUGAAACAUGAUGUGAGAAAUUACCGGUAUAGUAUAAUGUGAGUCAUGUGUCACUAUAUUGAUUAUAAUUUAUUGUUCAACCAAAAUAAAUAAAUCAUUACUUAUU